AUGGCGGCGACGGGGCCUCUCGGCGGCGACUCCUACGCGCUGCGGUGCGUCUCCGACCUGCCGCCGCCAUUCCGCCCCGUGUUCGGGUUCAGGUACUUCAAUUCCCUGCAGAGCGAGUGCUUCCCCGCGUGUUACCUCUCGGAUGUGAACAUGGUUGUCUCCGCGCCCACUGGGAGCGGCAAGACCGCGCUGUUUGAGCUCUGCAUUCUGAGGCUCCUCUCCAGGUUCCUCACACCAGACUGGAGGUUCAGCCUGGUAAAAGGAACUCUCAAAACAAUCUAUAUCGCUCCCAUGAAGGCGCUGGUGCAGGAGAAGAUGCGGGACUGGACGGCGAAGCUGGGCACACUGGGGAUCAAUUGCUUGGAGAUGACUGGUGAUAGUGAGUUCUACAACAAGAAGGCCAUACAUGAUUCUGACUUAAUCCUCACCACUCCCGAGAAAUUCGAUUCCAUGAGUCGUAACGGAAUAAGGGAUGGAGGACUGGGUUUCUUCAGUGAUAUUGCUCUGGUCCUUAUCGAUGAGGUUCAUCUCCUUAAUGAUCCACGUGGUGCUUCCCUGGAAGCAGUGGUCAGUAGAAUAAAAAUGCUUUCUAGACUUGGCCACAUGAAAUCUUCUCCUCUCGCAAAUGUUCGAUUCAUAGCAGUCUCUGCCACUAUCUCUAAUGCUGAGGAUAUAGCGGAGUGGCUUCUAGCACCCCCUGAAGGAUUGAAAAGAUUUGGAGAAGAGAUGAGGCCAGUGAAGUUGACAACCAAAGUUCUUGGUUAUGCUGCAGCCAAAAAUGACUUCCUUUUCGAGAGGAGGCUGCAAAGUUUCAUUUUCGAUAUACUGAUGCAACAUUCAAGAGGGAAGUCUGCACUUGUUUUCUGUUCUACAAGAAAAGGUGCACAAGAAGCAGCACAGUGCCUUUCACAAACUGGAGGGUCUCAUGGCUAUUCAAAUCCAUUCAUGAAAUCGAUGCAGCAAUAUGAACGUCUACGGGAGGCUUCCUUAACCUGUAAUGACAAGCAGCUGCAGUCUUGCAUUGUGCAUGGAGUUGGUUUUCAUAAUGGUGGUCUUGGCUCAAAGGAUCGGAGUCUUGUUGAGGGGCUUUUCCUGAAGGGCGAUCUUCAAAUUCUAUGCACGACAAAUACUUUGGCACAGGGCAUCAACUUACCUGCACAUACAGUAGUUAUAAAGUCGACACAGUUUUUCAACAAAGAGAAGAGCUCGUAUAUAGAGUAUGAGAGAUCCAUGGUGCUUCAGAUGUGUGGGAGGGCUGGCCGUCCUCCAUUUGAUGAUACUGGAACAGUUGUAAUUAUGACAAGAAGAGAAACAGUUCAUCUAUAUGAGAACCUUCUCCGUGGAUGUGAAAUGGUUGAGUCUCAGUUGCUGCCAUGCGCAGUGGAGCAUUUAAACGCAGAAAUUGUUCAAUUGACAGUGUCUGACAUAACUUUGGCAAUUGAAUGGCUCAAGUGUUCAUAUUUGUACAUCAGAAUAAAAAAGAAUCCUGAGCACUAUGGAAUUAAGAGAGGGAUUCCUUGUGAUCUCCUUGAGAAACAAAUGAGAGAUAUAUGUGUUGAGAAGAUACAUGAGUUGGGUGAGUACGGGCUAAUUUGGACAGAUGAAGAUGGUUUUCUUCUAAAACCAUUAGAACCUGGGAGGCUGAUGACAAAAUUCUAUCUGAAGUUUGAUACGAUGAAGCUUAUUGUCAAAGCUUCUGCAUGUUGCACUUUGGAAGAUUUAUUGUAUAUCAUCUGCCGCUCUGCAGAGAUUUCUUGGAUCCAACUACGUCGAAAUGAUAAGAAGACUCUAAAUGACAUAAACACCGAUAAAGAGGGAAGGCUUCGGUUCCAUGUUCUCACUGAGAAUGGAAAAAAGAAAAAGCGUAUCAUGACAAGAGAAGAUAAAAUAUUUGUAUUAGCAAAUGACUGUUUAACAGGGGACCCCCUAAUGCACGAUUUAUCCUUCAACCAGGAAACAAAUUCUAUAUGCUCAAAUGGGUGUAGGAUCGCCAAAUGCAUGAAAGAAUAUUUCAUAUACAAAAAGAGUUACAAAUCUGCCAUCAACUCUAUGCUCCUUGGGAAAUGCCUAGACCAAAAACUUUGGGAAAGUAGUCCACUUUUACUGAAACAACUUCCUGGAAUUGGAAUUGUUACAGCAAAGGCCCUGAAGAAUGUUGGAGUUGAUUCCUUCGAGAGCCUUGCAGCUGCUGAUGCUAGAAAGCUGGAAAGUGCAACGGGGCGCAAUUAUCCAUUUGGAAAUCAGAUAAAGGAAUCCUUGUCAGCAUUACCACCAAAAAUUGACAUACAAAUUGAAGAUGUUGGAAACAGACAAGGAAAAUCAACCAUUAUUGUAACCCUAAGUCGUCAAUCACAGGCAGUUCGAUCCAGUAAACAGAACUAUGCUGACAUGGUUGUGGGCUCGGAGGAAGACAAUAUAAUCCUUUUUCAUGAGAAAAUAAGGGCUCGAGAGUUUUCCAGCCCAUAUUCUGUAAAACUUUUUGUGCCGUGCCCCCAGGGUGCCAGGGUGACACUAAAGGCUGAUCUGAUAUUUGAAGAACACGUUGGCAUUGAUAUCCACACGAAGCAUGUGAUCAGCAGGGAGGAUGAUUUGCAUGUGACAAAUCUUCCUGCUGAUCUUUGUUUGGUUAGCUCCAGGACAACUCAAGCUCACAUUGGACGGAGCCCACUAUCAAAAGAGGUUUGUGUUAUAGAAGAUGAUGACAGUGUCAACGCUCCAGACAAAGCUGAAAAUAUUCCUGGAACGAGAAAAUUUAACAACUUGGCAUCACUAGAGGUCCCCAGCUUUGAUCUACUACUUGAAGAAGACAAUGGAGAUACGGAAGAUGCGUCGUUUUAUGAACCAGUAGAAGCAGAAUGCAAAGGUGCCACCAGCAACACAAUAUUUGAUCACAUACGCAAGAAAUCCAGAGAUUUUCCAACUCUGAUGUUGUCGAAGUCCAUGGAUAGCUCCUAUGAACCUUUGAUACUGAAGAAGAUGAAGACAUCGAGGGACCAGUUUGACUUAGAUCAGGGAAGCCUGCAUGCGAAUGAGGUGUCACCAAUGGAUUCUGAACAUACUGAGGCUACAGUGUCUCCGACCAAUACAGCCGAGAAGUGUCGGAGGAUCCUGAGCCGAAGUUCAGAGAAGAGCUGCUCUCUGUUUGCAGAGAAAAUUGACAGCCCACUUGAGAAGAGCAAGAUCCUGACCAGAUCUCCUUAUGAAAUCUCUCUUCAGUUUCCAGGCAGGAGGGACAGCCCAUCUGAGAAGAGCAAGAUCCUGAGCAGAAUUGCAAAUGAAAACUCUCUUCAAUUUGCUGCCAGAAGGGACAGCCUAUCUGAGAAGACCAAGGUCGCGUGGACAACACCUGAUGAGAACAGUGGUCAAUUUGCAGGCAAAAUGGACAGCCUAUCUGAGAAGUGCAAGGUCAUGAUCAGACCUCCAGUUGACAACACUCUUCAGUUUCCUGCCAGAAGGGACAGCCUAUCUGAGAAGGCCAAGGUCGCAUGGACAACGCCUGAUGAGAACACUCUUCAGUUUGCAGUCAGAAGGGAGAGCCCACCUGAAAAGAGCAAGGUCUUCAGCAGAACUUCUGAUGAGAACCGUCUCCAGUUUGCAGGCAAAAUGGACAGCUCGUCCGAGAAGAGCAAUGUCUUGAGCAGAACUUCUGAUGAGAACUGUCUCCAGUUUGCAGGCAAAAUGGACAGCUCGUCGGAGAAGAGCAAUGUCUUGAGCAUAACUCCUGAUGAGAAUUGUCUCCGCUUUGCAGGAAAAACUGACAGCUCGUCUGAGAAGAGCAAUGUCUUGAGCAGAACUCCUGAAGUGAACUCUCUGCAGUUUGCAGGCAGAGCGGACAACCCGCCAGAGAAGAACAAAUUAGUUUUCGGCCUCCCCUUCUCAGAUUUCCAGGCUAUGCAAUCUACAAAGCAAGUUCCAGCCGCAGUUCAGCCUCUCAGGAUUCAAGAGUAUUGCAAAGAUAUAUUGGCAAGUUCAAAGAGCAGAGAGUUCAAGAGUAUCUUCUCCUUCCUGUGAUCUUGCAAAUAUCUUGUAUAGGCU